AUGCGAUGUGAUGUGACAUUCAAGUUGAGUGCUCUAUCUCUCGCGAUGGCUGAUGUCCUGGUCUCCUUCAAAAAGAUCACUGGAGAGGUCCAUCAAGUGAAGGUCGAUGCCCAGGACACCAUCAAGGAGGUGAAGCAGAAAGCAGCAGAGGAGCUGAAGGUCCCAGCAAUUUGUCAAGAGCUGUGGCUGGAGAAUGCCAGUGAGCAAGUGGCCAAAAACUCUGUUCCAAUUCUGGCGUGGCUAAUGACUGAUGGCACCAGCCAUAUGGGUCACAAUCAGGAACUGACAGAAGUGCUCGCUUUUCGGCGCCCGCCUUCCGGGGUGCUGGGAUGCAUCAAGGUGGUGCUGAAUUUGUUGGUGGCCAGUAGCAGGAUGCAGGUGGACUCCAAUGAGCUCGUCGAAAUCCAUGUAAAGGGCAACUGGAACCAUGGGCAGCCUCCUCCCAAAAUCUUCCAAGAUCCUGACUUGAAAGACGGUGAUGAUGAAGUGGUUUGGCACAAUUGUGGGGCAUUUCUUCGCGGCUAUAAGUUCAUUGAAGCGGUCCAAAAUUUCUCGGAGGAUAUUUGCAACCACAGGUUGACCGAAAAUGAGGUCAAUGCUGCACAAAGCAUCAUAGACGAGAUGGGUGCCACGUUUUCGUACAACUACCUUCGUACACGCAGCGCAUUUUGCGCCUCGCUUGCUACCUGGGCCUUAACUGGCCUAGAGCUGUAUCGCAUGCUGCAUUGGCAAGGAGGAUCCAUGCAAUUGAACGAUGUCUUCCCCCUCAGCGCUUACACUUCUGGCAUUUUAUCCCCAGGCGACCCCUUGGAGCUAAUGCUAGUAGUGGACAGUGAAAAGGUCUUCGCAGAAUUGGAGGUCUCCGGUGAUUUGACAACUGCGUUUGAGGCACUUGGCAUGGUUGGAUCCAACUUCCCUGAGCGAACAUUGAAGGCCGUGGCCAGGAGCCUCACGAGAAAGAAUGAGAGCAAACUUGCACUGGAGGCAAUCAAAAAGGUAUGGCAGCCUGAUGAUGACAUGGCUGCCAAGCUGGAUGAUGAGAUCCCCAGCUUCUAUCGUGAACCCUUCGGUAGACAAGAUCCACUGGAAGCUUUAGAGUACCUUGGGUCCAGACAUCCGAGACUAUUGGCUCGGGUUGCGACUGGCUUACUCACUGGCAGCACCAAGCAGGAAGAGGAUCAGCAGUUCUGUUUGCAGAUGUUCAACCGGCUGCAAUCAGAGUCAGAUAGUAGCUAUGUGGUGGAGUGUGUAGUGAAGGCACUCUUCCAUCCCACGAUGGAAAGGUAUCCGCCUAAUCCGAAUCUGCAUGUUUUGGAAGCUUUCCAGACUGCAGCUGCGAGAGAUUACGCCGCUGCUGUGAAUAGCAUUGUAGAACGCCUCAGGCCAUCUGAAGAUGCCUGGGUGCGAUGCCUUGCUGCCGCCACCGCGGCAAAGUUUGCCACCCGGGAGGACGAGAGGCUGGUAGCAGCUUUCCGCGAGUGUUCGGACGCAAGGCUCAUAGGGAAAUAUUUUUGUGUAGUGGCCAUCUCCUUUGGCGAGAUCUCCAGCUCCGCAAACCCCUUCAUCCCCUCAUUGGCUGCCAGCCUCCUUGAAGACUGGGAGGACGACACGCAGAGGCGAUUGCUGGCCACCCUAAAGCAGUUGAAUCCUGUCAACGACGAAGAUGCCAUAUCUACGUUGCUGUCGUUCAUGAGCAGUUGCCAAAGAUCUCCAGAGUUGCUGAAAGCUGCGGAGCUGGUUGACCAGUUGGCCCAAGCUGAUCGAUCACAGGUUUCCAAGGCUUACGCCUUGCUGAUGGAAAGCUGGGCGCUGAAGCUGACCCAGCCAGGGAGCAUAGGUAGAGGCGACCAGAAUAAGAAACUGGAAAGUAUCCUUUUAGAAAUAGCGGAGGCACAAGGCGGUGCUGGGAUGCCAGUUCUGGGCAAGCUGAUUGAUGGCUUCUCAAGUUCCAUUGGGCCGCUUAGACUUCGCUGCAAAGAGAUAUUGGUGAAGAUCAGGAAAUCGGUUGACGCAGACAUUGUCAAAGCGCUCCUGCAGGUUAUCCACGAGCGGAUUAGCAUUCCAACCUGCUGCCUGGCCAUCCAUGCCAUAAAAUCCACAGCUUCUGAAACAGAAAUGGAACAAGUGACACCGAAAUUCCUGGAGCUUCUGAAAGUCGAAAAGGAUUGCUUUGUGAAGUGUGCCCUUUUGGAAGCCUUGCGCAGCAAGGCGCUGGAUCCCCAAGUUAGCACGCUGGGAAUGCAGCUCACACAGGAUCCUGUGGACACUGUGCGUUUGGCUGCCCUGGAGCUGUUGAUGGACCAGACUGCCAUGGAUGGUUUCAUGGCCAUGCUGCUCCGGUGCAUGAAGGACCCCUCCUUCUCGCUGAGCCAGCUAGCCCUUGUGAUCGUGAACUCUUUGCCAGCCGAAGACAUUGACACCGAAGAGAUGGCCAGGGAGGUUAGUCAGUUGCUGCUUCAUCCUGAUGCAAAAAUCCGAUUGGCUGCAACUGAAGCUCUGAGCAAAAUGGGAAGUCGCGGCAAGAGCAUUGCUCUUUCAGCGCUAUCAGCAUCAGGGCCAUGGCCCGAACUGGACUUGGAAGUCCGACAAAAAAGAGAUGAAGCCAUUACAACCUUACAAGCAUGA